AUACCAAAAAAAAAUAGAAAAGACACAAUUACCCGAAGUGCCACCUAAUCGGUUAGCAAUGCUCCAUUCAUUGAUUCAAUUGAGGAGCACCAAAAAAUAAUCUUUCCUAAUAAUAAAAGAGGGCCGGUUCAUCUCAACUUCCUUCUUUUCUCUCUCCUCUCUUUUAUCUCCGAACCAAAUCGCCGAUUUCGACAAACCAGGAAUUUAAGAGAGGAUCAUCUUCAGAAAUUUUUAAGCUCAUUUUUCAACUAUUAUUAAUUCAUCUAAGUUUUUUUUUUUUUUUCUUUUGGAGAAUAUUUGAUUGAAAGUUUUUCUAGGGUUUCUGGAGGUGUUUAAUUAGGCUGCUCGACCUGCGAGAGCUCGCGCUGAUUAUGAUUAUCUCAUCAAACUUCUUUUAAUCGGAAACAGUGGUAUUUGCUGAAUUUGUUAAGAACCAGCAAUUUCCAAGAACAAAGGGAAUGGCUGACAGUGAUGAAGACGAUACCUUCUACUAUCGGUACUCCACCCCAACAGCUGCUCAUUCUACUGCUUCUGCUUCGACCACCACCAAGCACAGCAGCAGCAGCGGCAGCGGUGGCUUGGCUCCCUCUAAGUCAACUGUUUAUGUUAGCAACAUUGAUUACAACCUCACUAACUCUGACCUCUUCACCAUCUUCUCCACCUUUGGAAAAGUCGCUCGUGUCACCAUUCUUAAGGACCAAGCCACGCGCCGUAGCCGUGGCGUUGCCUUUGUCCUCUUCGUCUCCCGUGAUGACGCUGUUUCUGCUGCCCGCCAGAUGAACGAAAAAAUCCUCAACGGCCGAACCCUAAGAGCUUCGAUUGCCUCAGACAACGGACGCGCAGCUGAAUUUAUACGUCGUCGUGUUUAUAAGGACAAGUCUAGAUGUUAUGAGUGCGGGGAGGAAGGCCAUCUGAGCUAUGAGUGUCCCAAAAAUCAGCUAGGUCCCAGAGAGCGUCCUGUUCCUAAGAAGGGAAGGAGAGAGAAGGAGCAGAGGAGGAAGGAGGAUGAUGAAGUGGAGGAGAGAGAAGGGGAUGAGGAAGAGGUCGCGUUUGAGGAGGAUAAUUGGGCUUCUGUGGUUGAUAGUGAUGCUGAUCAAAGGUUGUUAAUGGGGCAUGACGAACAACAGAGAUUGGCGAAAGGGAAGAAGGUGAAAAAAGCUAGCUAUUUCAGUGAUGAAAGUGGGGAAGAGGAUUGAACAUAUUGUAUAUUGUAUUUAGGGUAAUUGUCAAAAUGAUCAACCACCUUCUUUUCUUUAAAUUCCCCUUCAAUUAUAAGAAAUCCAAACUAUUUUCUUGUCCUGAUAUGUUGUCACAUAUCUACUUCAAGUCACACUAUUAGCGUUACAAUUGAUUGGGAGGUGCUGAGAAGGGAGGUAAAAGGCAGUUGCUUAUUAGGCCUUCCUCAAAAGUGAUUAUCAAGUUUCUAGUUGUCAUGCAAGAAAGCAUGGGCAUGGUUACAUUGGAGAAUUUGAGUAUGUCGAUGACCACAGAUCCGGAAAGAUAGUGAUUGAACUGAAUGGAAGAUUAAACAACUGUGGUGUUAUCAGCCCUCGUUUUGAUGUUGGUUAGUCCACACCGGUUUAGAUUCUUGAGAAUGAGACUGAGUCUUGACUCUUGAGGUUAUGACUCCCCAGCUUUCACCCGCACUUGGACGUGCCUUUCUGCAGUAUGCUAAGAAAAAGAAAUGGCCUUACCCUCCUCCUUGUCCUCUUGUUUUAGAUUUGAAUGGUUUGAUGCUAAAAUGAUACCCCCAUUUGUGGUAUGUGGGGCAAUCAAAAGUGGCACAUUUUGUGAUCUGCAACUUCUAGAAGAAAUGAAGGCUGAUUUUGGUAUUAAUGGGAUUAGAUGAAAAAUACUAGGAGCUAUGACCUAAAGCUCACCAAAUCUGGAUUGUAGGACUUACUUAAUAGUUGUUUGCUGGCAGCUGUUUGGACCCAAAUUUGGUUAUGUAACGUUGUUCCCCCAUUAUUUGUUUUACCCUAUUCUGAAAUUACAGUAAGGAAGUUUAAUCAUGUAAUACUUCUAGCAGGAUAUGUCGUGCAGAUACUCAAGACAGUUUAAUUGUGUGAUA